AUGGGGGAUAGAAAUAUUGCUCGAGCGUUAAAGAUACCACCAUUUAUAAACAAGUUGUAUUCAAUCGUCAACGACAGCGACACAGAUAGAUACAUACACUGGUCGGACUCCGGGGACACGUUUUUUGUACCGAAUCCUGAGGCACUCGCACGCGAAGUACUUCCCCGCUAUUUCAAGCACUCCAAUUACUCCUCCUUCGUCCGUCAGUUAAACAUGUACGGAUUCAACAAAGUGCCGCACCUUCACCAGGGUGUUCUCCACGAUGGUGGUAGUUCUGAGCUUUGGGAAUUCACCAACGAAAAUUUCCAGCGCGACAAACCCGAUCUGCUGGUAGAUGUCCAUCGCAAGGUAUCCACAGCGACGGAGAAGAAGGCUGGAGUGAAAGGAGAGGGAGAGGCGUCGCAGCAGCUCACCAACUACAUUGAACCAGCACCCACGAGUAAUGGAACGCAGGACGCUCAGAUUGAUGUCGGCACGGUCGUUGCUGGAUUCACGCAGAUACAGAAACAACAGGCUUAUAUCAGCACCAGCUUGCUCACUCUCCAGCAAUCGAAUCAGCGGCUGUGGCAGGAGGCGGCAGCUGCGCGGGAGCGUCACAGACAGCAUGAGGAGACUAUCAAAAAGCUCCUGCAAUUCGUUAGCUCCGUUUAUGGUGGGGAUGUGGCUGGUGUUAACGCUGCCAGUGCCGCUGCUUCUGCUGGCGCUAAUGCUCCCGCUCACCCUUACGAUAAUGACCAGCCGGGGAAUCAGGUGGCGCUGGUACCCAAAAAACGGCAGCUUAUGCUCAACAAUCUUGCGGAGGGUGGCGAGUUGAAUCCAGCAUAUGAUUUCGGCGGUGGCGAUAGUAAUGCGUAUGAACAACAUCAGAAUCACAAUGCUCACGAGGACAUCUCUCGCUUCACCCACAUCAGUCCAGAGAGCCAAAGCAGCGCGGCGGGAAACACACCUGGAUCUGAGUAUGUGGAGAGCAGUACUAGUACCAACAAUGGCAAUAAUAAUAAUAACAAUAACAGAAAUACGUCGACGAACAACGGCAACCAAAGCACUAAAAAAUCUCCACAUCUCACUAUCCCAGAACUGAGCAGCGCCAGCACGCAAGCGUUCGAUAAUUCCAAAGCACUCAUCUCACCAGGCCAGCUAGAUAUUGCGCAAUUUGCGAGUCUACUAUCGCCGCGCACAACGCAGAGGUUGGUCGGAGGGGGAGGGAGUAAUAAUACCAACGGCCAUAACAACACGCAUAACAACGCAUCUGACUAUCUAAAUUUCAACGCAAUCAAUAAUCCGAGUGAAGGAGUGCAGAUGAAUGAGAACCAGAUGGGCGCACAGCGAAGUCAGCUGAAUGAACUUUCGUAUGAUUUAGAUGCAUUGCAGCAAUCGAUUAACACGGUGGUGAAUAAUAUGGGUCUCAACCCGACACAGGCAAGUGAAAUAUUGCAGGCUUCGCAGUCGCAGCAUAAUGAUCAUCAGGCGAUGGCUGAGCUGUUUAAGGGGUAUGAUUCAGAUCUCGAUAGUUUGCUCAGAGGGAUGGGUGAGGGUGGUGAGGCGAGUACAAGUGCAAAUGUGAAUGCAAACUCAGACGCAAACACAAACACUAACUCAACCUCAAACACAAAUGCUCAAACUACAUCCCACAUACACUCACCAUCACCAUUCAAUUUCGUCGAAGAAGCAGAAGAUGCAAAGCCUAGUAAAAAGACGCGCUAUUGA